UGUCGGCGUUCAUAAAGGUGUAGUAAGUAGGUCAUCACAGGUGAUAUAUCAGUGACUUGUAAAUAUGGCGAGGAGUCUGGGACCACCGUGACAAAGCCGUGGGAAUAUCUAUGAAACUACUUAUAAACCAGGAAAGUGCCAGAGCUUUGUAGUCACAUGAUUAGACCAGUCAAUAUUUCCAACCAUGCCACAGUUUCGUUGGGAUGUCCAGCUGCUGAUAGCUGUUGGUCUCAUUUUGUCUGUAACCUCCUUCAACACCAAGGAAAUUUACAUGGACUCAAUGUCAUCCUGUCCCUCGGAACACACCAUCUAUGACUUUGAUAUCGUGAUUGGGGCUCACAAAUCUGUCACGUCCUCCAACCCUCAGACCAACUGUCAGGUAGUAAUAGAGGCGGGUUAUACAGACACCUACUUCAUGCUGGAGAUCAUCCAGGAGUCCAUCUCUAUAGCCGACUGUGGAUUUGUACUCAACAUAUACAAUGGAAAGGGCACCAAUGGUAUCCCACUGAAAAGUUUGUCAUGUGGAUCACAGAGUACAGGUGUUUUGUACACAAAGGGAAGGAUUGCCACCUUUCAUCUACGUCAGCCAAGGGACGUAUUCCAGCCGACAAAUGACUUCAGCCUCAGAAUCAAGGCAUUCCGAGAUCCAAACGCCCCGGAAGUUUUGGAGGGGACAUCCCAUCUGCCAGUCGGGGCCAUCAUCGGGAUUGUCCUUGCAUUAGUGUUACUGAUUGCCUUCAUCAUUCUCCUUUGUUGGUGCUUUAAAAUGGGUAAACUGCCCGGUAUGGAUGGCAGGCCAUAUAAGCCUCGGCGGAAGACUAGGCAACAGGAUCGGUCUGAAUCUGGGACCAUUAAUUCAGGAUUUUCUGAAAAGAAAGUGUCAAUGGAUCCUGCUCGUAACAAUAAAUUUAACCUGAACAAUGAAGUCUUGUGGGAUUCAUUGACAAAUGCAUCUCAAAGCUCAAUUGCUUCCCUCACUACAGGCGAGCCAACCGGUAAACGUUAUGAUAAAAAUAACAUAACAAGGGAUGGGACCUCAGGAAGGGCUAGACGGGGGCAGUACAAGGUGACCAACGAUUCUGCUGUUCUGGCCGGGAACUUGGCAAAGAGUGGUAAUAAUGGUGCCAUAACAAACAGCCAGGACACAGACAUUGACCAGAUGUAUGAGAACUAUUCGGCACCAGCAGCUAGUAGUACAGUCAACAGGCCUGGGCGACAAAGGAGGCCACAGGAGGAAACUGAAGGGCAGAAAGGUCAUCCAAAGUCGGCGGUGGUGGAAAAGCCAAUUGAAGAAAGACCCAGUCAGUCAUCAGAUAACAAGAAAGGAGAAGCAGAGGAAAAGCCAAGUGGCAUGUUAGCAGAGUUACAGAGGGAACUUAGCAAGAGGAAAAGCAUGAGGGAAGGAAAGGGGACAGACACUGCCCCAGGGGGACCAUCAGCCAAGCCAACAGGUGCUAAAGCUCUCCUUCCAGAGGAGAUGGACUCACUAGAUGACACAAAGUUGAUGUCUAUAGACCAGCAGAGUGAGCCUCUAGAGUCAGAUAAGAUGUCUAAUCCGAUGCUAAGUAAUGCUAAUCCUGCCAUUCGUGCCUCUGUCAAUGAAUUACGUCCUAGGACAGAAGAGUCUCCAAGGACAAAGAAAAAGAAGAAGAGGAGGAAAAGGUCAAUCAAUGACUCUGGUCCACGGAGGCACAGGAAAGCACCGGAUACAGGGGAUGAAUAUGAACCAGAUCACCCGACUGGCUAUACCACAGAAGAACCGUUGGAGCCACUCUCCAAGAUUCCAUUGUCAGAUCCACUAUCAUCUCUACCUCUGCCUCCAGAGGCACUGGCACCCGUGUUUGCUACAGACACAUCUACACAACCUCAUUACUAUUCUCAGCCAGAUCAGUAUGGCUACCAGCCUCAGUUAGCAGACCAGUAUGGACAGCCACAGAUCAUUGGUUACGAUGGCUAUGGCAAUCCAGUAUAUGGCUAUAAUAACCAGGCCCCUGGGGGUGGAGUGCCCUAUGGCCAGGCUGCUCAACCUACAUACUACAUGCAACCUGAUGGUCAGGUGGUGAUGAUACCUGCCCCAGGUAUGGAGAAUCAGCCUUACAAUCAAGGUUUACAGAUAACAGACUUGGGGUCGCCAGGGGCACCCGGAUACACAUCAACACCAUCAGUCUAUGACCCAAACUCUCGUUACCGAAGUCCCAAACAUGGUCGAAAGUCCAAACCCAUGGGUGCCAUGGCAACAGUUCCAGGUGGUCCAACAGGGACAGUUCUAGAUGACCCCAACCUCCCUCCCCCAGGAACCACCAUGAUGAGGACUGGUAUUGACCCCGUUAGUGGGGCUCAGGUCAACCAGGUAGUCUGGAGUGAUGUUAAUCGUGACCCCACCGAUCCUGUUGGUGUGGACAAUCCCCAAAUCACAAGGAAAACCAUGGUGAGAGUCACCACAAAAGCUAAUGAAGGAGGAGGUGUACCAGAUGCUCCUAGUCCAGCGCUACAGCAGAUGUCAUUCAAUGCAGCCCAGCAGCUCAAGUCCGGUGCUGAGCCAGCAUUCAUGUCCCCAUCAAAGGGACAGGUCCAGGGGGGCUCCCUACCCUACAUGACUCCUGCCCCUGUAUAUGCUGCGGAGACUCCAGAACGAGAAAACACUGGUUUUUACACUGGGGUAAAGCCCGGAAUCCACGACACGCCUCAGGUACCCUCAUCAGGACCUGGGGGUCCACGGGUACACAAUGCUCCCCGCGCCAACAACGCGUUUAGGAAUAAAAUCACUCUCUCCAUUGAGGAUGAGUCUAUGAUCUGAAGAUCAUCAGGGUUUAAUUAUAGUAACAAUUACACAGCUCAUUUGAGAUAUAGACUUUGUACUAGGGUUCAUUUACAUGUGACAUGUUGAUGUCCUUGUGUAGCCUUAGGGUUCAUUCAUCUGUGAUAUGUUAUAAUAGCUUCUGUACAGCACUAGAACUCGACCAUCUGUGACAUGAUAUAAAAGCUUCUGUACAGCACCAGAACUCGAUCAUCUGUGACAUGAUAUGAUAGCUUCUGUACAGCACUAGAACUUGAUCAUCUGUGACAUGAUAUAAUAGCUUCUGUACAGCACGAGAACUCGAUCAUCUGUGACAUGCUGAAUUAUGUACAGCAUCAUAUAAUUAUCAGUAUGAUUAUAAAUGUGCUGACAAAUGUUUUGUAAAUUAAUCUUUUGAUAUGUAAUGUUUACAUUAGUUCAAAUGUAUAUAUUGACACCAGUCCUAUGCAUAUUUAAGCACAUUCUAUUAAUGUGUAUUCAUUUACGCCCUACAGCAAACCUUCAACUGCUGACCUCCUUAAACAUUAGUAUUACUUCUUGCCCAGUGUUGCCACUUUUUCCAAUUAUCCAAUUUUUUUAUUUUAGACCGUUCAGUGUUAUUAAGCUAGUGGACCUGUUUGGUUUUCAAAUAACCAACAUUUUAGAUUAAUCAAGACCCAAAUGACCCUGAUUUUAAACUCUGUUUGGAAUGUCCGAAAAUUUAUCCAUAUUUACGUAAGUCAACCUUAACUUAAUGAAACUGACCUGCACCCCUAUAAGUCCACCCUUACGUAAUGAAUCUGACCAACACCCCUACAAGUCCACCCUUACGUAAUGAAUCUGGCCUAAACCCCGUUAAGUCCACCCUUACGUAAUGAAUCUGACCAACACCCCUAUAAGUCCACCCUUACGUAAUGAAUCUGACCAACACCCCUAUAAGUCCACCCUUACGUAAUGAAUCAGACUUAUACCCCUAUAGUCCACCUUUACAUAAUGAAACUGACCUAUACCCCUCUAGUCCACCUUUACAUAAUGAAACUGACCUAUACCCCUCUAAGUGCAUUUCUCAUGUUUCUUUGCACAGCGAUUGUUUUUAUGAUUAAAUAUAUCAAUGGUAUUUUGUUUAAUUUGAAAAUUUGAAAGUAAUUCAUCAAUAUUAAACUUUUAAGUAUUUUGAGAUAACUAACAUUUGAGCAGAUUUUUUCUGAAGAAAGAUGUGUUAGCUUAUAUGUCUUAAAUAGUGGAGUAACAAAUUGUUUUAGACAUGAUGAAUUACUGGGUUACUGUCUACACUACUCCAUCGAUAGACAGGAGUAAGUAACUACAACAGGUAGAGACAGUACACUGAUAAUGAACUGAAACAGCUGGACAAUAUGUGACAUUAAAAGUCUGGUCGACAUGUAUGUACAUAGCCUCGGGGUAUACCGUUAACAUGUUUUUGGCUGACAUGUACAAAAUACAUUGUAUAGCCUUGGGGUAGGUCAUCAUUCUAUCAAUAACCAUGCACAGCAUAUGGAAAAUUUACAGUAAUCAUUUAGAUAUGUGCACCUAGUCCUCCAAACUUUAAAUAUCAGUAGAUAUAGAUCCCAGAAUUAUUUAAGUUUACUGGUAUGUGGAGUACACCAAAAUAGAAGUGUUUCAAAAUUCAGUUCUUGUGAAUUAAAAAAAUAAGCAAGAAGAAAAAAAAUCACUUUUGCAGGAUGUAAAUUAGAAACUACUGAAUAUUUUUUUCUGAGAAAGUUUUUUGACAACUUGUGUUAUAGAAUUUCAGUUUGAGUACCUGGCAAAACUCACCUAAGAUAGAUUACGGAAUAACUUGUCUACUUGCUCAUAUAUACACUGUGUAAGAGAUUUUUGUUUCAAUUUUACUUAUUCUGUGAAUGCAUGAGUAUAUCUUCUUUAUAUUACAUGUACCUACAAAUAUCUGUUAAUACUGUGAUGAUUAGGAAGUGUGCACUGCAAUAAAGUUGUCAAGAUAAGGAGUACCGCCCAGUCACACAACAGUUUGUACUUUUACUGUGAUUAGUUACUAGUCAGAUAUUUUUAUGGCUCAAUCGUAUUUGUAAAGUCUGAUAGCAGCAUAAUGGAUAAAAUGUUAAUGUAAAACCAUUUACAUUUUAUCACUUUACUUGUUAUUGAUAAAAUUUUAAUGAUAUAUUGAAAAUUUAAACUAACAUCACCUAAAUUGUAUUUUUACUAGUAAUUUCUAGUUUUCAUAUAUUGGAACAAUUUUUAAAUGGGAGGUGAGGAGAGGAUUUAUAAUUAAUCAUCAGUGGAAGGUAACAAAGUUUCAUGAUCAUCUUGGUUAAUGAUUGUAGGACAUCCAGUUAAAUUCACAUCUACUCUAUAUAAUAUACCUUCAACACAUUU